AUGGCUUCGGUCUUCUCAUGGGAAUCGGAACUGGAAUUACCAUGUAGCUGGGAUGCUCGAUCAAGGUAUCGCAAUGCUCAAGUUCGCCAUUACGAAUCAACCCCCCAAAGUGCGCUAGGAGAGGUUAACAUGAGAGGUUGGAAUUGGCUUCUAGCUAUCUUGACGCCAGCCAAGCCACCAGGAGGUGUUUAUAGUGGCUACGAUGUUGAUCCAGCUAUUUCCAGCGGCUUCAACAUUAUCUCUUAUAACAUGGGCGUUUUUGCCCACGCUGUCACCACGAUCACACAAGAGGAACGAAAGGGUCGUAUCCAAACGUGUCGCCCAUGCUACAUACCCAAGCAGAAAGUGUGUAAACCUAACUCCAAGGUCACAAAAGGAUCCAGAAGCGCUGGUGUUGAUUCUAUAUUUUCGUGUGACAGAUACGGCCCGAUAUCAAGCUAUCAUGACGCGUUAAGAUGCCGCGAGAGGAGACGUACUUUCAACGUCUCUGAACUGAAGCGCCUUGCUGCCCUAGCGGUUCAGCAAGAAGAAGGUGACGUCGCCGGUUUCGAAAAGCUUGCCAAAGGAGGAUCCAACCGAAGUUUUAAGAUCACCAUGCGAAACGGCUUCCAAUUUGUUGCGCGAAUUCCUUACCCUGUUACCGAACCAAAAUUCCUGGUGGUCGCAAAUUUGGACGAGCUCUUCAGCCAUUUCAGCGUCUUCGCAGAGAGAUGUACAAUUACAAGGCCCCAAUCCCACCUCGAACUUAUUGCGAAUCUGGAGAAAUACCUGCAAAUUGCGCCUCACCUUAUACCGCGUGAUUGUCCUGCUCUUCAUCGUCCGGUCAUCCGACAUCCCGAUCUUCAACCCAACAACAUAUUUGUUUCCAAUGAGCUAGAAAUCAAAGGGUUAAUCGAUUGGCAACAUAGUGCGCAUGUCAAUGACCCUUGGGAGGGUGACAAUGUGACCUUGAAGGCUGAUUUAGUUGCACUAUUGACAAAUUGGAGUUGGAAGUGA